CAGCUUGUCAACGGCGGGUGUGGCAGAAAAUGAAAUCGUAUAGACAUUGGUUUAUUGUUUUCCAAUGUAUAACAUCUUUGUUUGUACGGGGAACCUCCAGUGCUCAGUGUUGGCUAAAUGGGGACGAACUGAGCCUGGAAAACACAAAUGGAACAAGUGCUUCCCUGAGACGGAAAGAAGGGCUUCUGACGUGCCCUGGUCCAGGUGACCCUAGUCAUUAUACAGAGUGCUGUUGGGAUUCACGUUAUCAGUGCUGCCCUGUCCAGUCAGCAGCCUCAAUGGAUGAUCAGCUUGUGAAGGUUGUUGGUGUUGCUGUCAUAUCCUCCUGCCUACUCCUGACUGUGGGUACUAUUGUCUGCUGCUUCUGGAGCCGGUGCCCUCUCUACAAUGCCUGUCGCAUCAACUACACACAUGGCACCAGUAUAGCAUAUGCCAAAGAUGAUGAUGUAGCAAAUGGAAUAAUGCCUCCAGAAGAAAAAAGCAAUCAGCAUCACUAUACACCAAAUGCUGUAAACAUCAAACAAUUUGAAAAUGUCUAGAUCUCAGUGAUUAAUGUUUUAAAGUUCCUAGUUGGUAAUAUGCAGAUUUUUUUAUUUUUAUUCUUUUUUUGUCUUGGUGUUGCACAGAAGUUGCCUGUAAGAUACUUACAGGCCCUUGCAAAUGACCACAAUGAUAUUAUAGUAAUUUGAAUGCAUGAGAGAGAUUCACUUCUGAACCAAAGAAAAAUCAAAAAACACUGCAUAGUCUGUAUAAUAGCAUUUAUAACUAAUUUAUAACUAUGUACAACUUUGGCAGC